GCCAAUCACAGCUGACGCCCCCAACAAAAUAUAUUCACCGGCCUGCGGCCACCGGGGGUAAAAAGAGACACCGAGAGAGCGAGUUCCGUACGAGAGAAAACCGGAGAAGAAUCCGCAACUACAGCGAGGGAAUAAAGAAAUUUACCGAGAAAUUGACGCGACGAAAUGUGGAUUUUUAACGCAUACUUUUUACUUUGAAAAGACAGCGUAAUAAUUUUAGUAUUGUAGUAUUAGCAUUUAUAAAGACAAAGGGUUUUAUUUCCAACAUCUGAACUUUUCAGUUUAGAGAAGAAGGGGAGGUUAUUUAUUUUAGUCCUGCUAACAGGGAAGCGCUUUUUAAACUUCUAAGAGGACUUAUCAGCGCAGCCACAAUGGAGUCAGGCGGCAAGCGAAUAACAUUUCGGCUGAUGGUGGCAGUGGGGACUGCUGUGAUUGGAUCUCUGCAGUUUGGCUACAACACAGGAGUGAUCAACGCACCCCAGAAGAUCAUUGAGACAUUCUACAAUGAGACCUGGUUCGAUCGCUACAAUCAGCCCAUCUCCGAGACAUCGCUCACCACACUGUGGUCCCUCUCAGUCUCCAUAUUCUCCAUUGGGGGCAUUCUCGGCUCCUUCUCUGUGGGGCUUUUCGUCAAUCGCUUCGGAAGGAGGAACUCCAUGCUCAUGGCGAAUGUCCUGGCCUUCAUCGCUGCUGCUCUCAUGGGCUUCUCCAAACUCGGGGCGUCCUGGGAGAUGCUGAUCAUCGGCCGCUUCGUGGUGGGGCUGUACUCCGGCCUGUCCACCGGCUUCGUGCCCAUGUACGUGGGUGAGAUCUCCCCCACCGCUCUGCGGGGGGCGCUGGGCACCCUCCACCAGCUGGGCAUCGUCAUCGGCAUCCUGAUGGCACAGGUGUUUGGGAUGCAGGAGCUCAUGGGCUCGGCAUCGCUCUGGCCCGUCCUGCUCGGGUUCACCUUCAUUCCGGCUCUGGUGCAGUGUGCCAUCCUGCCCUUCUGUCCUGAGAGUCCCCGAUUCCUGCUCAUCAACCGCAACGAGGAGAACAAGGCCAAGAGCGUGCUGAAGAAGCUUCGCGGGACCACUGACGUGAGCGCAGACAUGCAGGAGAUGAAGGAGGAGAGCAGGCAGAUGAUGAGGGAGAAGAAAGUGACCAUCCCAGAGCUGUUCCGCUCCCCGCUGUACCGCCAGCCCAUGGUCAUCGCCAUCAUUCUGCAGCUAUCCCAGCAGCUGUCCGGCAUCAACGCUGUCUUCUAUUACUCCACCAGUAUUUUUGAGAAGGCAGGCGUGGCCCAGCCCGUCUACGCCACCAUCGGAGCCGGAGUGGUCAACACAGCCUUCACCGUGGUGUCGCUCUUUGUGGUCGAGCGUGCUGGCCGCAGAUCCCUGCACCUGAUUGGCCUGCUGGGAAUGGCCGGCUCCGCCGUCCUGAUGACCAUAGCGCUGGCGCUGCUGGACAAGCUGAAGUGGAUGUCGUACGUCAGCAUCGUGGCCAUCUUCAGCUUCGUGGCGUUCUUCGAGAUUGGGCCGGGCCCCAUCCCCUGGUUCAUCGUGGCCGAGCUGUUCAGCCAGGGGCCACGCCCCUCCGCCUUCGCAGUGGCGGGAUUCUCCAACUGGACCGCCAACUUCAUCGUGGGCAUGGGCUUCCAGUACGUGCAGAAAUGGUGUGGUCCCUACGUCUUCAUCAUCUUCACCUUGCUGCUGCUCGGCUUCUUCGUCUUCACCUACUUCAAGGUGCCGGAGACCAAGGGCCGCACCUUCGAUGAGAUUUCGGCCGGGUUCCGCCAGACGGCAGCGGGCGGGGCAUUGAAGCACUCGCCAGAGGAACUCAACAGCCUGGGCGCUGACUCCCCGCUGUGAACACCCGCCCUGCCCCGCCCCGCCACACCCCGCCCCGCCCCACACAGCGUGGGAGUAAGGCGGGGUCGUGGGCAGACUGAGGGGCGGACUCAGAACUCGAACGCGUGUUCGCACUACUGAUAGACUGACACACUGGCUGUCGACACAUUUCCGGCCUCUGGGCAGAGGGCAUACUCUUGCCCAGCCAUUUUCACUUCCCUACCUGCAGUGGGGAAAAAAAAACUUGAUGGAAACGGGGACCAGGGUGAGGACGGGGAGGUUGGAGGUGGG